UGUGGUCCAUCUCCCCCUUCAAAAUAGUCAUAUAUAGCUCUCUCUUUUCUCAGGCUGUCUUCACAACUCUGUUUUGCUCUGUUUUUUUGGUCAAUUUGAGAUAAAACACAACACUCUUCGAAAGAGGAAGAGAAGAGAAAUGUCAAAAGAGAAUGUGUUUAUUGGGUCAAUCGAUCAAGGAACCACCAGCACCAGAUUCAUUCUCUACGACAAAAAUGCCCGCCCAAUUGGAUCUCACCAGGUCGAGUUCACUCAGUUCUACCCACAAGCAGGAUGGGUAGAGCACGAUCCGAUGGAGAUUCUGGAGAGUGUGAGGAUUUGUAUGAGCAAGGCAAUUGACAAAGCCACUGUAGAUGGGUACAAUGUUGACGGUGGACUCAAGGCAGUUGGACUCACCAAUCAGAGAGAAACAACGGUCGUUUGGAGCAAAUCUACUGGUCUCCAUCUCUAUAACGCCAUUGUUUGGAUGGAUGUUCGUACCAGUUCUAUUUGCAGGAAAUUAGAGAAAGAAUUAUCAGGUGGACGAACCCAUUUUGUUGAAACAUGUGGUUUACCCAUAAGCACUUAUUUCAGUGCACUGAAGCUGCUAUGGUUGUUGGACAAUGUCAAGGCUGUUAAAGAAGCUGUGGCAAAAAAAGAUGCCCUGUUUGGAACCAUAGACACCUGGUUGAUUUGGAACUUGACUGGAGGUGUUGAUGGUGGUUUACAUCUCACUGAUGUUUCAAAUGCAUCGCGAACUAUGCUGAUGAAUCUCAAAACACUUGAUUGGGAUAAGCCCACAUUGGAAAAACUCGGAAUUCCUUCUGAAAUUUUGCCCAAAAUUAUUAGUAAUUCUGAGAUUAUCGGAGAUAUAUCAAGCGGAUGGCCAAUUAAAGGAAUCCCAAUUGCCGGAUGUCUUGGGGAUCAACACGCUGCUAUGGUGGGCCAAGCUUGCAAUAAAGGUGAGGCCAAAAGCACUUAUGGAACUGGAGCUUUCAUACUUCUCAACACCGGUGAAGAGCUAAUUAAAUCCAAUCAUGGUCUAUUGAGCACUUUAGCUUUCAAGCUUGGCCCAAAUGCUCCAACAAACUAUGCUCUUGAGGGCUCGAUUGCCAUUGCUGGAGCUGCGGUUCAGUGGCUCAGAGACAGUCUUGGCAUAAUUUCAAGUGCAAGUGAGAUUGAGGACUUGGCUUUGAAAGUUGAGUCCACUGGCGGAGUUUAUUUUGUGCCGGCAUUUAAUGGAUUGUUUGCUCCAUGGUGGCGUGACGAUGCUCGCGGAGUUUGUAUUGGGAUUACAAGGUUUACAAACAAGUCUCACAUCGCUCGUGCUGUGCUUGAGAGUAUGUGUUUUCAGGUAAAAGAUGUGUUGGAUUCAAUGCACAAGGAUGCCGGUGAAAAGGGUGAGGUUAAAAAUGAGAAAGGGGAAUUCUUGCUUAGGGUGGAUGGUGGUGCUACUGUUAACAACCUUUUGAUGCAAAUUCAGGCAGACUUGUUGGGUAGCCCAGUGAUAAGACCAGCUGAUAUAGAGACAACAGCUCUUGGAGCAGCCUAUGCUGCCGGGUUAGCUAUUGGGGUUUGGACAGAAAAGGACAUCUUUUCUUCUGGGGAGAAGAAAGAGAAAGCUACCAUUUUCGGUCCAAUGUUGCAUGAAGAACUGAGGAAGAAGAAGGUGGACUCUUGGUGCAAAGCUGUUUCAAGAACUUUUGACUUGGCUGAUCUAUCCCUGUAAUUGCCUUUUCUUUUCUUUUUCUUUUUCUUUUUUCAGAAUAAAUGUUGAUCUUAGGCUAUUGUUGCCACCAUUGCAAUCGGAUAUAAACAUAUUCUUCUUCUUGCUUCCUCUGCUGUUAAAAAAAUGUUCUUUUUUAUAUU